AUGUCCCCGUCUCGGUCUGCCCUCUUCUGUCUCGGGCUGUGUCUGCGGCAGGUGAUAGCAGCUCGGGAUGAGCCACUGCCCAAGCCCACCCUCCGGGCCCUGCCCAGCCCCCUGGUGCCCCUGAACAAGCCGGUGACCGUCCGCUGCCAGGGCCCCCCCGGCGUGGACUUGUACCGCCUGGAGAAGCUGAGGUCCGGGAAGUACAUGAACGUGGCCUCUCUCAACAUCCCAGCCAUGGAGCACACCUCUGCCGGGCCUUACCGCUGCUCCUACCAGAACGGCAGUCGCUGGUCCCCGGCCAGCGAGCAGCUGGAGCUGGUGGCCACCGGAAUUUACGAGAAGCCCACGCUCUCCGCCCAGCCCGGCCCGUCGGUGCCCCUCGGAGCGGACGUGACGCUCCAGUGCCGGAGCAGAUACGGUUUUGACCAAUACGCUCUGUACAAGAAGGGGGACACGGGGCCUUACAAGGGCCUUGAGCGGUGGGACCGGGCCAACUUCCCCAUCACCACGGUCACGGCCGCCCACAGCGGGACCUACCAGUGCUACGGCUUCUCCAGCAGCAACCCGUACCUGUGGUCCGCCCCCAGCGACCCCCUGGAGCUCGUGGUCACGGGGACCUCUGGGACACCCAGCCAGUCACCCACAGAAGCACCUUCCUCUACAACACGCCUCGCCCAUCAGGACUACACUAAGGGGAACCUGGUCCGGAUAUGCCUCGGGGCUGCGAUCCUCUUACUCCUGGCGGGCAUCCUGGUAGAAGAUUGGCACAGCCGGAAGAAAUUCCGGCUGCACUGGGUCCCGGCUGUCCACAGGCCACUCCCACCCCUCCCAGGGGCUCAGAAGUCACAGAGUGGUCAGGACUGGGGUCGACCAGUUGGCCAUCCCCAGGGUUUGCCACUGUCAGAACCUCAAGACGUGGUUGUAUCCAAGAGGUCAUGA